GUUCCAACAAUUUGAUCCGAGUCGUAGUGAGUUGCUGGCGAAACUCAAAUGCUUCUGUGCCAGCUGCUAUCUCAAAUAUAACUCCAGCUUCGGAAUGGACGAGAACAAUUUAGAACUCUUCAGCAACGGAAUCGCAAGAGGUACAAGGGCACUUUGAUAGUCUCAGUCCAUGCGCUCACCACUGCUUGGCCCGCCAGUCCAAUAUAUUGUCGUCGUCGUCUGUGGCAUUCUCUGCAUCGUCAAGGGCUUUUCGAUUCAAUUCCAAUGCAGCUCGCUUCUCCAUGACUUGGGCGACGAUUUCAGCGGGAGAGUCGACGGUGGGGUCUUCAACGUUCUCGAGCUCCGCCGUGUCUUCAUCCUUGACUUCACUUGCGUCUGCCUUUGUCACGAGCAAGAUGGUCUUUCGGACUCUGUUCAUAUACUGCAUUUGCUGCAGUUUCUCUAGCGCUUCCACUUCCUCCGCCUCCUCCGCCGCAGUCUUGACCUUCUCUUCGCUCGUUUCCUCAGUCUCCACAGACGCAACGAAAUUCUGGAAAUCCUGCCAUUCUCGCUCCUGAGCUUUCGCUACUUCUUCCUUGACGUUCAACUUACGCGCCUUGGCAUCCGCGACGGGGUCGUCGAAGAACCCUGCUGGCAGGUGCUCUUCCUUCCUCUUGUUGCUCAUGCCAAGCGAUCUACAAUCCACCAAUUGCGUUCGACAACGAAAUUCAGCCAAUAAGAGAUCGGUUCGACAUGAUUUCAACCAAUCAAAUUCAAAAAUCAAGCGUCUUCAUCGACACAGGGAUCCCAGCGCAUGAUGAUGUUCAUCUGCGACGAAGCGACGGUGGAUCUGACAAGGGUGCGCAUCGGGGCGAAGAGCGUUCUGCAUCCGAAGAGUAGUGUCGUUGUCCUUGACGCCCCACCCUCUUCGUCACCACAAGUGUGCAUCACAAUCGGCGAGAGGAACAUUCUGGACGACAUGUCGGAGUUGUCGAUGUCGCUUGCCACGUCCGACUCCAUGACGGUCGGAGACAACAACUUGUUUGAAUGCGGGUCCAUCGUCAAAGCGAAAUCGAUCGGAAACAAUAAUUGGUUUGAGCCCAAAUGCGAGGUGGGCGUCGGAGUCGUGAUCGGAGACGACUGCGUCAUUGGCACCGCCGUCGUCGUGGCUCCACACACGGUGGUCCCCAACAACACGAUCUUGGUCCGGUUGCCAGACGGGCGUGUCAUCCAACGACAACAAAAGGAGUUUGCGCGCAAGGCCAAGCGAGUGCUCCAGGACAAAUACAUUGACGCGUUUACAGAGCCAACCAGCCUGUCGUACCUUCCGCGCAAUCAACGGAUGAAAGCGACGUAAGCAUGAUCGACAGAUAUAAUCCACUUGAGAGUUGCGUGUGCCUUUCAGUACUUGA